AUGACGAAGAAGGAUCGUCACCUCAACUCUGAUAUCCCUGAAGAUGUACUUCAGAAGAUUCUAUGCAGGUUGCCGAUUAAGUCUUUGAUUGGAUUAAGUUGUGUAUCGAAACGGUGGCAAAGUAUCAUACUUUCUGAUCCACAGUUAGGUCAAGCCCACCUCAAACUAGCAACUGAGAGAAGAACCAUCACAAGGAGACUCAUUCUCUCCGUAGUCCCCUAUCAAUUCAAGUCAUUAGAAGACUCAUUCGGAUAUCAGUCUCUGGUCAGAAAUCUCACCAUUCCAUCCGGAGAGAAUGAGAAACUAGUAAUCUCUUCGUGCAACGGCUUGGUUGCUGUAGGUAACAUUUUCAAUGGAUGGUCUAUUUGGAACCCAUCAACUGGUUUCGAGCGCAAAUUACCUCUUCUAGAUUAUUCACUAGUAAUGAAAAAAGCGCGCUCCGAUGAAGAAUAUGAUUCUGAUAAUAUUGUUUUAGAUGGUUUUGGUUAUGUCUCAUCCACUGAUGAUUACAAGCUUGUUUUGGUACCCUUCCCUGAUGACUCUGGUUCUAGAGUCGUCAACGUCUUCAUAUUCUCUGUUAGAGAGAACUCUUGGAAACUCAGGCAAGCUUCUCGCUGGCCAUCGGGCAGCUACAGCCCAACUACUAAUUCCGGAACUCUUUCAAAUGAAGCAAUACAUUGGAUCAACCACUACACAGAACGUAACAACAACAUAGAAGGCAACAAUAUUGAAGUCUGUGCUUUUGAUUUGGAAAACGAGAAGUUACGUAAAGUGCCAGGUCCUUCUUUUAAACGAGUUCAUCGAGGUUUCAAUAGAAGAAUGAAGACUGUUGUCCAUGCAGGAGGAUGUCUUUGUGUUUGGUCUGAGACUUAUGAUGUUGAAGGGCGGCCAGGUGGGUAUAUUGAUCUGUGGAUGAUGAGAGAUUAUGGGGUGUCUAAUUCAUGGAAGAAACUAUGUAAAUUACAGAAGAAGGAUUUACAUGAUGUUCUUGAUCCGGUUCGUUUUUGGGAGCCGAGUUUUGUUACGGAAAGUGGUGAAAUAGUGAUCCUGCUUGACAACAAGGAGUUGGUAAGGAUCAAAUGCCUUAAAAAGAAGAGGGCGGUCUUCAGGGGCAGAUUUAGGCUUAAGAAGGAGCUUGAGUGUAAGCUUUUGGGCGCAACUUUAUACGAUGAAACUGUAGUUUCUCUGGCUGAAUGA